AUGACUAAUAAAUCUACUCUUAUUAAAAAGAGACCAUUCGAAACAAAUGGUACUCAAAAGAAUAAUAAUAAUAAGAUCGUUCAAAAUAAAAAUAUCAACGUCAAACAAACAACACAACCAACAACCACCACAAUCAAUAAGAAAUUGAAAACAGAUACAAACAAAUCAAAAGUAAAACAGGUUCAACAAGAGGCAGAGGAAGAAGAAGAAAUUGAAGAGGAAGAAGUAGAUGAAGAAGUAGAUGAACAAGAAGAUGUAUCAGCUGAUGAAGAAGUAGAAGAAGAAGAAGAAGAAGAAGAAGAGGAAGAAUAUAUAGAAGAACAAGAGAUACAAUAUAAACAUAAAGGAUCAGAAUCAGAUUCAGAGGAAGAAGAAGAAGAAGACGGAUCAGAAGAAGAUGAUAAUGAUGAAGAGGCAGAGGGAAAUGGUACAGUUGACAAAAUUAAAGAUAUCGAAUAUACAAAUAAAAACAAUAAACAAGAGAAUGGUCAUCAAACAGAGAAACCUACCAAUGGAAGUGCAUGGGUUGACGAUGAUGACGAUGAAACCAAUGAAGAUAAUAAAAUAAAUAAUGUGUUGUCAGGUAGUUUAUUACCGAAAUGGGCAAAGAAAGAAGAGCAAGAGAAACAAGACGAUCAAGACGAAGAUGAUAUCGAUAUUCAAUUGGAGAAUAAAGUGUUCCAUUCCGAUAGAAAGAUUACAUCGUUCAAAGGAGAGGGUCAUAUCAACACUAAAAUUACUGUAAAGAGAGGAAUUGCUCAACAUGUUAGUAGAAUUGAAUAUAGUGGUGUAUCAAAUAUGAUUUUAUUAGUUCAUACUGCUGGUAUUACUUUAUUCUCUUCAUACAAUCUUGAUAAACCAUUAUAUAGUUCUAUUUUGAAAGGAUUUGGAUGUUCAAGUGCAAUGCCACUACCAAACAGUAAUGAAUGUAUUAUCAUUGGACACAAAUCACAUUACUAUGUUUAUAAUAUGAAAACUGUUGCAUUAAAGAAAUAUACACUUAGAGUUGGAGAUAACUAUCUUAGAUUAUUAUGUGUUUCUAAUGAUUAUUAUGCAAUCUGCGAUUCAUUGGGUAAGAUUUCGAUUCUCUCGUGUAAAUCAAAGACAUUGGUGAAGGAAGUACAGCUGUCACAGAAAGAUGUUUCACUUAUGAGAUUCUCGGCCGAUGGCGAACAUCUCUAUGUGGUGUCGCAAGGUUGGAUCACCGUGUACGACAGCAAGAAAGACUGGCGUAUCGUUCACCGUUUCAAAGACCACGGUAACGUCACAUCGAAAUCGAUUCUCUCGAUUGCUUUCUCACCGAACAACAGUUACUUUGCCACCGGUUCCGAGUCGGGUAUUGUCAAUGUGUAUGAGCGUGUCGCCUGCUUGGCCAGCGAGUCACCACAGCCACUGCACGUCAUCAGCUCACUCGUCAGUCCAGUGACAGACCUCCAGUUCUCACCGAACAACGCGAUGCUACUGAUGAGCUCGUCGACGGACAAGGGUAUCGUUCGUAUUCUCUCGGUGCCAGACUUUAAGGUUGUCAGCUGGUGCGAUGCCAACACCAUGAAGCUCAAACUCGGUGCAGUCACAUCUUCGUCGUUCACCAACGACUGUCGUGUUUUAUAUCUUACAAACGACAAGGGUGCUAUCAUCAAAGUUCGUGGUUUCAAAUGA